AUGAUGUAUCUGUGUCGUCAAGCUCUCGACCCGACAUCUGCGGCUCCCAUGAUCGUUGCUGCGACGAAGACUGUUGGCGGGCCUGUGGACUCUGGUAUUAAACCUGAAGAGACUGCAUCUGCGCCUGUGGAAAGUGUAUCAGAUGCGGCUGAGGAUGCAGGAGUUUGGACAUCGGCUCAGCGAAUCGACACCGACGUGAAUGCUUUGGUGACCGUUCACGCUGCCAGGCAGCUGUUGCGAGUGUCGGAGAUGCAGCGAGUGUACCUCAGAGCGUGA